CUGUUGAUCCGCCAUCAGCUGCUGAGCGAGGCUCUGCCUUUCAGGAUCUUAGGGCUUGGACCCACUGGUGUCUGAGAGGCACCUAACAAUUUGUAAUAUUGUGUGUGUCUUGGGUGUUGGGUUUAUUUGAGCAGGCAGUCUGAGUAUUGCACUCAGAUUGCUCUGUACCUCAAUUUUGGGGGAGGGGAAACAGCAUAAGAGAAUGACCAACUGUAAACUGUGAGGCUCUCCUACUUUCCAUUUACAUCUGCCUGACUUAAAAAUAUUCUAGCCAACUCAAUAAAUCUUUACUGAGUAAAAAUGGAAUAUUAUGAAAAAACACAUUAGGGCCCAAGUAUUUACCUCAAAACAAUGAUCAUCCAAAAAUUAAAAAAUACAUUUAAAUCCACCUAGAACAAAUAUAUAAAUUUAUUGCAAAUAGAAGUUUCAUAAAAUAAUGCUCAUUUCUGUUACACACAAUGCAGAUUGGUUAUUUCCUAUGUAAUUUUUGAAAUUGCUGCCUGGAACCCAAAGAUUAUAAGAGCAAUGACCAGGGAGAUUUGAAAAGCAGAGGCUUAGACCAAAACAAAGAAAAUAAAACUCUUUCAUACAGAUACUAAAUGAACACGUGUGUAAGCUUUUACUUAACUCAUCAAUCAAGGAAGCAGUAAGAUCUUACAACCAGUUUGCAGGAGACUCCAAAAAAGAUUCUGGAAGACUGUAGAUUAGGAAUAUUGACAUGAAUGUGCAAAUGGAGGCAAAACCAGAGAAGUUACUUACUUAUCUGUAUUUAUUUACAUGGCAAGAAAGAGAGAACGUGUCUACAGAAUAGAAUUAUUUUACCUUGUUCCGUUAUCUGUGCAGAGCUGCAGAAGUAGCUCAAAGGCAGCAACAGGCUAGAAUCGUAUAACCUGAAAGGCUGUGUUCUAGACAAAACCCAGUUCUCCAUUGAAGCACAAAUUUUCCCUAUGGCCUCAUAAUCUCAAUGAAAGAUAUUUUUUGCAUGAAAUAAGGCUGGUCCAGUAAGAUUGGGCCUGAUUAUUUACAUAGGUGCGGCAGGCAUGCUAAUUCACCUCGUAGGCCAUCUUGAGUUUGUUUUGCUGGAAGUCUCUGUGAGGAACCUCAGAUUGGAUUUCUAAAAGUCUGGUAUUUGUUAUCCCAAGGUACUAAAGCCAUGCCCAACGAGCUUUCUCCCCCAGAUUUCACCUGUACUACUUAAAAUUUGGACAAAUUCCACUCUUCUUGAGGUCCCCAAAAUAUCUUAAGGUGUCUGAAACUUGUUAAAUUGUUAUUAAAGGAUCAUUUAAAAAGAUGCAAUCAUGACUCUCCCACCGAUAUAAAAUAAACAAAUGUUAAUGAUUCUGUUUAAUGCAUUAAUGAGGGAACCUGUACAAUGUGACAGAUUAAACGAGGUAAUGUAUGUGAAACACUUCAUGUGUUGCCCUGCAUAAAGAAAACCUCAAAUCCUUAUUAAGUUGGUCACUUAGCCUCUGGCCACCUAACCUCAAGGGCAUCUAUUCCAGUGUUUCUCAAAGCCAAGUCCAUGACCCACCAGAACCAGGGUCUCAGGGGGUACUUGUUAAAAAUCCAGAUUCUUGAAUUUUGCUCCAGACUCACCAUCAGAAUUUUGGAUGGGAAAUCCAGGCAUCUGAUUUUUUUUUUUUAAUAUCAGAGAAAGGGUUAUUGCAGGGCCAAGCAAGGAGAAUGGGUGGCUUGUGCUCAAAACCCCCAAACUUCCGAUGAUUUUCAGGGAAAAGUUUUUAUAGGCAAAAUUUGGGGUGAGGCUGCAGGGUAUGUGAUUUUCUUCUGGUUGAUUGGUGGGGAGGUAACAGGGAGGGGCUCCAGGAAUCCUGUGCUCUAAGCAUCUGCAUUUUUACCAAGUGCCCCGAGUAAUUCUUAUGGAGACCAGAAUUACGUAUACAAAUAAUUGAAAUAAAAGCUUCAUGAAAACUGUACUUAACCUCAGUAUAUGGGUGCACUCUUUCUGUUCUGUUUUAUUUUUCAAGCGCUGCUUUUAAGCAGGUUUCUCAACCUUGACCCUGAUGCUAUUUUAGACCAAAUCCUUCCUGGGGAGAGUGGGGGUGGGGGGCUGCCCUGGGCACUGUGGGAUGUUGAGCAGCAUCCUUGGCUCCCACCUACCAGAUGCCAGUAGCCUGCCCCACCCCCUAGUUAUGACAACCAAAAAUGUCUCCUGACCUGGCCAGAUGUCACCUGGUGGGCAGAUCACCAUGACUAAGAACCACCAGUCUUAACCUACGGCGUUGAUUCCUAUGGGUUGGAAUCCUCAAAUUGAAAAGAACCAUUUUAACUUAUAUUAAGAGUUUAGGCCCUGAAAACAGACACAGGAGUUUUGAAUGCUGACUCUGUCCUUUAGUGGCCUGGCUCUCGGUCACAGGAAUCUAAGAGUGAGCCUUAGUUUCCUCCUCUGUGAAUGAAACAACAGCAGGCCUAAUGGAUGAGGGUAUUUGGGAGAUAAAAUGGAAUAAAGCAUGCAAAGCCCUCGCCUAGUGCCAGGCACCUCAUUGGUAUUUGGUGAACAUGAAAUGUGUGAUCACAGUCCUUCGGACUCUUGAAGCAUGUGUGAUCAGAAACCAUCUGGGAAAACAGAAACUACCGUAAGGUUUCACUGGGAAUUUCAUUGCUCUCCCUGGUGGUGGAAGAGCUGAGAAGCCACAUGGGAAAUGGUGAGCGACCCAGGGAUUAGCAGUGGUGGGAUGCCACCCCCACAGCGAGGCCGGCAGAGCAGCCAGGGUGGCAGGCGGGACCCAGCAGAGCUGGAGCAGCCACCCCAGGCAGGUCGCUUCAGGGACACCCUCCAGUCUCCCAUGGUGCCUCCGGUUGGCCAGAUCAGCUGGAAGCCACAGUGCUAAGCCAUAACAUAGCUGGUUUGUAGGGCUGAUCAAUGCAGCUCUGAAGGCCUGACUCUCACUACCCGUAUGGUCCUGGGCCACUCGCUUCAGGCCCGAGCCUCAGUUUCCCCAGAAACAGAGCGGGGAUGAUGGUGAAGGGAGAUUGUUGGGUCCCCAUACUUGAGGUACACGUGAUGUUAUAGGAUUUUUGUUCCUGGCUCAGGUGCCAGCUUGAGGACCAACCACAUGGCUCUGGGUCAGAGAGUAUCCCUUUUGUGUCCCCUCCUCUCCUCCCCCACCCUUCCACCCAGGAGGCCUAUGGGUCAUUUAUUUUCUCUGUCAACUUCCAUUGUGUCUGUAAGUUUGAAACUUGGGUUUUCAAAAUCCUUUUAUUUUGAGUUAAUUUUAGACUUUUUUAAAAAUUGCAAAAAAAAGUACAAAGAAUUUUCCUAUACUCAUCACCCAGUCUCCCUGAAUGUCAGCAUCUUACCUAACAUUGUGCAGUGAGCAAAUCUGGGAAAUCCCCGUUGGUACAAAACCAUUAACCUAAACUAUUGACCGUAUGCAAAUUUCACCAGCUUUUCCCCUAAUGUCCUUUUUCUUUUCCGAAAUCCCAUGUUGCAUUUUGUCCUUGUGUCUCCUUAGUCUCCUCCAGUCUGUGACAGGCCCUCAGCCUUUCCUUGUCCAAGAUGACCUUGACAUUUUCAAAGUGUCCUGGUCAGUUGUUUUGUAGAAUGUCCCUCCAUGUGGCUUGGGGGUGCCACAUGGGGGUGUGCGUUCUGGGCAGGAAUAUCACAGAGGUGAUGCUGUGCCCUCCUUGGUGCAUCUUAUCCAGGAGGUCAUGGUGUUGAUGUGUUUUAUUACUGGUGAAGUUGACCUUGAGCACUUAAGGCUGUGUAUGCGAGAUUUCUCCCCUGUCAAGUCAUUAUCUUUCCCUUUGUGGUUAAUAAAUAUCUUGGGGGAAAGGUCUUUGAGGCCAUGCAAGGCCUACAACACAGACUGCAAGGUACUUGAUUUUCACUUGUUUUUCUGUCCCAUUAUCUAUAUUAGUCUUUUUUUUUUAAAUUUCUUUGGAUUUUAUUUUAUUUUAAUUUUUUUUGGUGGUACACGGGCCUCUCACUGCUGUGGCCUCUCCCGUUGCGGAGCACAGGCUCUGGACGCGCAGGCUCAGCGGCCAUGGCUCACGGGCCCAGCCGCUCUGCAGAACGUGGGAUCUUCCCAGACCAGGGCAUGAACCCGUGUCCCCUGCAUCGGCGGGUGGACCCCCAACCACUGUGCCACCAGGGAAGCCCUGGAUUUUAUUUUAUUAUUUUAUUUUAUUUUUUGGCUGCACUGUGCAGCAUGUGGGAUCUGAGUUCCCUAACCAGGGAUCAAACCCAUGCCCCCCUGCAUCGGAAGGGUGGAGUCUUAACCAUUGGACCAUCAGGGAAGUCCCCUGUCUAUAUUACUCUUUAUUUUCCUGUAUGACACAUCUUGCAUAGGACUGGAAUCCCUACUUUUCCUGAGAGUUAUGGAGUUAAAGAAAAAAAUUACCAAGCAAGGAGAUGCAGCUUAUCUUUAAAGUGUUUACUAUUUUCCCACUGUAAAGUGUUCAUGCACCUUGUAAACAAUUUUGAGAAAACAAAAGAAAUUUAAGGGAAAAAAUUAAUUGCUUUCCUUACUAGUUUUAACAUUUUGAGAUAUUUCCUCCCAGUUAUUUAAGGUUUUUUUAAAGUCACAAAUACAUACAAUAAAGUUAGUCAAUAAACAACAAAUGUGACCAGACUUGAGACUUGAGUUGAGACAGAAGAAAUGAAGUGGAUUGAGGUCUAGAGGCAGUGUCAUGGUCUAAGGAAUAUUUUGGUUUUUUUUUUUUUUAAACCUUAGCUUAGAAAACAUAGUCUUCGCCGAUAUGUUAACUGGAUUUUGCUUUCUACGUAAUAUAUUUUGUAAAUACAAACGUUUUCAGAAGUCUUCCUGAAUUAUUUGUCUGAUAUGGAAAAACUCCCAAAUUCUAGUUUUUAAACGUUGUGAUACAUCUAAUUCUACCAAGGAUGCUUUACGUGCAUUUCAAGGAGCAAGAUUGCCAUCUUGUGGUCAUCUUUUGGUAUUACUGAGGAUUUAGAUUUGUGUUCAUGUUAGGGGCCUGCGUUAGGUAAUGCUUUGGUCCUUCACAAGGGCUCCAUCUGGUCUGCAGGUGCGGGCUUCCCACUCAAAAGAGGAAUAAAAUAGCAAACAUGUUGAACACAUGUGUGUGCAACAGAAAAUUACGUGUAUAUUAAAGGCACUAAUACAAGAAUGGAAACAGCUGUGCAUUUGAGUGGCAGGCUCGUGGGUGAUUUAUGAGUGUCAGUUCUCAACAUUUUAAAAUGUUUUCUAUGUAGUUUUUACAAUAUGAUCUUAGCAACUUACAAAAUAUCUCAGUAUAUAGUCCAUGCCACCCCUCUCCUUUGGUGAGGAAACCAGGCCCAGGAGUGAGAAGCCUGUUUCUGAUGGAGAAAACUGUUUUUUAUCCAAGUGACCCUGGGGACAUGAGUCAUACCUAUGAGGAUUUUUUGUUUGUUUGUUUGUUUGAGAUCUUAGUUCCCUGAUCAGGGAUUGAGCCUGGACCCUGGCAGUGAAAGCACCAAGUCUUUUAACCACUGGACCACCGGGGGAUUCCCUAUAAGGUUUUUUGGGGGUUUUUUUUGCGGUACGCGGGCCUCUCACUGCUGUGGCCUCUCCUGUUGCGGAGCACAGGCUCUGGACGCGCAGGCCCAGCGGCCAUGGCUCACAGGCCCAGCCGCUCCGCGACAUGUGGGAUCUUCCCGGACCAGGGCACGAACCCGUGUCCCCUGCAUCGGCAGGCAGACUCUCAACCACUGCACCACCAGGGAAGCCCUUAUAAGGUUUUUUUUAAACAACCUUAUUAAGAUAUGAUUCACAUAGCAUGCAAUUCCCCCAACUAAAGUGUAUAAUUCAAUGUUUUAUUGUAUUCACAGCCAAUUUUAUAACAUUUUCAUUACCCCAAGAAGAAACUCUGCACGCCUUAGUAUCACUCCCUAAUCUCCUCCUCCCUCCCCUCCAGCCCCUGACAACCACUAAUCUACUUUCUGUCCCUAUGGAUUUGCCUCUACUGGACAUCUCACUUAAAUGGAAUUAUACCACAUGCUGACUUUAGUGUCUGGCACCUUUCACUGAGCCGCACUGUCUUCAAGGUUCAUCCACAUGGUAACAUGUAUCAGAACUUCAUUCAUUUUUAUGGCUGAAUAAAUUCCACUGCAUGGAUAGACCACAUACAGGCCAGAGCAGGUAUUUCAGAGGGAAACACGGAUUAUGGAUUGACCCAGCAGGUGCUGAUCCUGCACGGUGGCCCAACAGGAGAGUGGUGUUUGCAGAGUUGGGGGGCAGCUGCCAGGCGGCCUGGGUGAGAAGGAAGGGGUAUGGACUGUUCCUGCAAAGUCUAACUGUUGAGGGAAAGAGAGAGUCUUGUGAGGUUUUGUUUUAGGAUAUAGGAGACCUAAGAAGAUUAGGACCUGAGAACUCUAAAUGCAAAGACCCAGAGGAGGCAGGGAGGUUUGGAGACCAGAGAGAGCAGGAUAUGAAUGAUGGAGAAAGGGCCCCCGGGGGGUGGAGUGCCAAGGGAACUGGACGGGACACUUCAUUUACCAAAUCAGGAUAAAAAUUGUAUGCUGUCUUUAUCCAGGCAGUGAUGAUGAGUCAUUAGAGCUUAGGCAGCAUCCAUCCUCAGUGGAUAAAUUGUGAAAGAGAGAGAAAUUGUAAAAUUCAGAAUCAUGGAGGGAUAACUUUAGUUAAUCAGAAAUCUGCAUUGUAUGGAGAACCUCAUUCACCAGUAUGGUAGGUGGAGCAUUACUAUGUAUGGUUUGUUAUAGUUGGGUUUUUUUGGGGUUUUUUGUUUUUGUUUUUUUGCGUGUCUGUUAAAAUAUACCUUACAAAAAUGUACUACUUUGAUCAUUUUUUUAAAAAAAUUUUGGAGUAUAGUUCCUUUACAAUAUUGUGUUAGUUUCUACUGUACAGCAAAGUGAAUCAACUAUACGUAUACAUAUAUCCCCUCUUCUUUGGAUUUCCUUUCCAUUUAGGUCACCACAGAGCACUGAGUAGAGUUCCCUGAGCUAUACAGUAGGUGCUCAUUAGUUAUCUAUUUUAUACAUAGUAUCAAUAGUGUAUAUAUGUCAAUCCCAAUCCCCCAAUUCAUCCCAACCCCCACUUUAAUCAUUUUUAAGUGUACAGUUCAGUGGCAUUAAAUACAUUUGCACUGUUGUGCAACCAUCACCACCAUCCAUCUCCAGAACUUUUUCAUCUUCCCAAACUGAAACGCUCCCCACUAAACACUAACUCCCCAUUUCCAGUCCCCCCAGCCCCUGGCAACUACCAUUUGACUUUCUGUUUCUAUGAAUUUGACUACUCUAGGUACAACAUAUACGUGGAAUCAUACAGCAUUUGUCCUUUUAUGUCUGGCUUAUUUCAUGUUACAGACUUUUUAAAUAAGUAAUUCUCAUUUGCUAUCCUUUAUACUUAAUAUUUUUAUUCCUUUCACUGGGUUACCAGCCCUUUAAAUGUGAUAAUCUGAGGGAUUUAAAAUUUGUGUAGCAUGGCCCCUAGAGUUCAAGCGUUCAAAAGCACUUUGAUAUUGGAUAUUUCACAACCAUUAGUAUUAAUUCAUCUGUCAAAAAGCCAAAACUGACUAGGUUCAGUCACUUGCCAAGAAUAUCAGUUACUGCUGCAUAACAAAUGAGCCCUGAUCUUACUGGCUUAAAAUAACAGUAGUUUAUUAUUGAUCAGGGUUCCAUGGGGUGCCUGGGCUUGUUUCCCCAGGCUCCUUCUUGUGGCUACACAGAGCUAGAGGGUCUGCUGGACUGGACACUGGAAAUGGCCUCCCUCCAUGCCUGGCAGUGCCUCCAUCCCUUGCAUGUGGCCCUUCAUACAGCUUCCUUCUCUGGCAGUCUCAGGGCCCCUGUCCAUGAGGGUGAGGGCAUCCAAACCCCCACAGCGAGCUUCUGCCACUCUCUAUUGGCUACGGCAAGUGACCAAUGUGGGCUGGAGACCAGUCCAGAUUCAAGACCACAUGGCAAAGGGGCCUGCAUACCUUAUGGGAGGAUCUGUGGUCAUUAAACAGUCUACACUUUAAGGCCCUUUAAUGGUUGAGAAUGGGAACCGUCAAUCGAAUCGAAAUUCAAGCCCACUGGCAAGGAGCCAAGCCUAUCCACAGUCUGUAGUCAGUCACAGUUCAAGGUCUUUUGUUGCGCUGGAACUUGUUCCAUAUCCUUUGAGGUACAGAGAUUUUAGUUGAGAGAAUUACACUGACUCGGGGUACACAUGACUCUGGGUACAGUUUCACGGGAAUGUGGGGGUUCUCUGUCAUGCCAACCCCCAGUGGCCUGAAGGAGGCCGGGCUUCGGCAUGUGAUCGCUUGAGACUGAGGCCAUUGGUGUGUCGGGGUCCCUGCAGCCUCAACUCCUGUCCCUCUGCACGGCGGGGACCAACCGCAUGGUCCUGUAGGAACAUGCAUGCUGGGUGGACAGUGACCGCAACGUUUUGGGGGCCUGAGUUGUCUGAAAGGCCUGUGGAAGGGAGGUCCAGUUUCUCUGCGCCCUCCCGCCCCGUUGAGGAGAGGACGCCGGGUGGAGACCAAGUUCAUUCGCCCGGCAACCCGGAGCGCGCAAGCCCCGGAGGCGGGCUGCCGGCGGAGGGACGUGGGCAGAGACCAAUCAGCGAGCGGGGGCGGGGGGCGUGGCUUCCCGCGUAACCCUUUCCCGCCCGAGCGGCUCUGCACGCGGAGGCGCCGGCGCUGUCUUGCUGCGGCCGGUCCCCAUGUACCCGCAAGUCCCCAGUACCACUACAUCGCCCUGUGGGGCGGGAUGGGCAGAGCGGGGAGGACUGCACAGGAGGAGCAGGGGUUGGCUUGUCCGGGGGCCGGAGGAGGAUGACGCUGGAGGACAGACCUGGCCGGACCAGAAGCCAAGGAGCCCUCAGUGACCACGGAUUCUCUGGACACCUCCACAGCCCUGUCCCCACUCAGCUGAGGCAGAGCCAGCACCAGCUCAGACACAAGGACGGAGCCCUUGAACUGCUGGGUUCCUUCCAGGGAGGUGGAGGAGAAAUCCAUCUGCUGGGGCCUGAGCGUGGCCUGGGGGCCAGGCCAUCGGUCCCAGAAUGCCCCUGCCCGAGCCCAGUGAGCAGGAGGGCGAGAGCGUGAAGGCCGGCCAGGAGCCCUCCCCUGAGUCCCCUGAGCUGGGCACAGAUGUCGUCCCCGCAGCCCCCACGAAGCCCACGGAGUUCUCCGAACUGGUCCUACUGACAGCCUCCACUGAGAAUGGGGAUGGAGUGGACUCCCAGCCCAAAGCAGUGCACUGUGUCCUGUCCUUGGAGAUGUCUGGCCCUGACACCCUGGCUGGGACCCCCCAGAUCCUGCCAGUAGAGGAACAGCAGGGGGCAGUCCAACCAAGCCCCCAGGCCCAGGAACUGAAACACAGCAAGCCAGACACAGCAGCCCCCCAGCCCCUGGAGUUCCUGAGGACCCCAUUUGGGGGCCGCCUGCUGGUGCUGGAGUCCUUCCUGUACAAGCAGGAGAAGGCUGUGGGGGACAAGGUAUACUGGAAGUGCCGCGAGCACACCGAGCUGGGCUGCCGGGGCCGGGCCAUCACCCGUGGCCUAAGGGCCACGGUGAUGCGGGGCCACUGCCACCCGCCCGAUGAGGAGGGCCUGGAGGCCCGGCGCCAGAGACAGAAGCUGCCCAGCCCAGCCCUGCCCGAAGGCUUGGGGGAUCCCCAGGGCCCCGGCGGCCGAAUGGAGGAGCCCCUGGAGGGGGUGGGCCCGUGGCUGUGCCCCGAGGAGCCGGAGCCGGCCCCGGGGCCAGUGCUGAGCAAGCCAGCUCCCGAGGAGGAUGAGGGGCUCCGAGCCCUGUCGCUGCUGAGCUUGCCUCCCAAGAAACGCCCGACGCUGGGGACCGGAGGGCCCCCGCCCCUGGAGUUCCUGAGAACCUGCUACGGGGGCAGCUUCCUGGUGCACGAGUCCUUCCUCUACAAGCGGGAGAAGGCUGUGGGGGACAAGGUGUACUGGACGUGCCGGGACCACACGCUGCAUGGCUGCCGCAGCCGGGCCAUCACACAGGGCCAGCGGGUGACUGUCAUGCGUGGCCACUGCCACCCGCCUGACGUGGAGGGUCUGGAGGCCCGGCGGCAGCAGGAGAAGGCCAUGGAGUUGCUGCGGGCCAGGCCGGGCGGCCCCGGGGGCCAAGUGGACAAGCUGCUCCAAGGCGUGGACAGCCUGUUCUACCGCAGGGGGCCGGGCCCCCUGACUCUCACCAGGCCCCGGCCCAGAAAGCGGUCAAAGGCCAAAGAUCAGGACCUCCUGGCCCAGCCGCAAGGCGAGGAGGACCAGGACGAGGACCUGGGAGGCCCUGAGUUCCUGAGGACCCCUCUGGGGGGCAGCUUCCUGGUGUACGAGUCCUUCCUCUACAGGCGGGAGAAGGCGGCCGGGGAGAAGGUGUACUGGACGUGCCGGGACCAGGCCCGCAUGGGCUGCCGCAGCCGAGCCAUCACCCAAGGCAAGCGGGUGACAGUGAUGCGAGGCCACUGCCACCCGCCCGACCUGGGGGGCUUGGAGGCCCUGCGGCAGCGAGAGAAACGCCCUGGCACGGCUCAGCGAGGGAGCUCUGGAGGCCCUGAGUUCCUGAGGACCCCUCUGGGGGGCAGCUUCCUGGUGUACGAGUCCUUCCUCUACAGGCGGGAGAAGGCGGCCGGGGAGAAGGUGUACUGGACGUGCCGGGACCAGGCCCGCAUGCGCUGCCGCAGCCGAGCCAUCACCCAGGGCCAGCGGGUCAUGGUGAUGCGCAGACACUGCCAUCCGCCCGACCUGGGGGGCCUGGAGGCCCUGAGGCAGCGGGAGCAGCUCCCCAGCCCAGCCCAGAGGGAAGGCUCAGGUGUGGAAACCCUCCAGCCCCUGGAGUUCCUGAGGACCUCUCUCGGGGGCAGGUUCCUGGUGUACGAGUCCUUCCUCUACAGGAAGGAGAAGGCGGCCGGGGAGAAGGUAUACUGGAUGUGCCGGGACCAGGCCCGCUUGGGCUGCCGCAGCCGGGCCAUCACCCAGGGCCAGCGGGUGACCGUCAUGCGCAGCCACUGCCACCUGCCUGACCUGGCGGGCCUGGAGGCCCUGAGGCAGCGGGAGCGGCUCCCCAGCACAGCCCAGCAGGAAGACCCAGAAAAGACAAAACUUCUGCCUGAAGUUCAACUGUGCUUCGAGACUUGUGCUCCUGAAAGCCAACAGAGCUAUGGGAAGGUGGAAGAUACACAUCUGGACAGCGAGUCCCAAUGAGGCCAGCCUCCUCCCGGACUCAGCAGAGGAACCUCACGUGUCACCUGCGUCAAGGAUGCUCCAGGUCCACACAGAACCCCGGCAUUUCCCACCACGUUAGAUUUUGCUCGACAAAACCUCUUUCACUCUUCCAAAGCAUCCACGGCCUUCACAUUUCCUCAAGAGGCCUCCCAGGAGGAACACUUCGAUGGUGUCUCCCUGCCGACAAAGAAGAGCCCCAGGAGCUGGUGGCCCGCAGCUGUGUGUGACGUGGACUGACGUGGGGAGGGCCACGGCCACCAAAAGCUCUGAGGAAGGAAGCAUCGUUCACAAAGACACCUGCCCCUGCCCUGGUGCAAAUACCCAUCUGUUUUCAGAGCCCACGGCUUUGCCAAGGGCUUUCCUGUUGGGUGUGGUCCUGCUUCAGCUCCACAACGUGGAAAAUCAUCAUGGAGGCCACUUCAAGACGAAGGUGGGGCACGUUUGGGGAAGUUCCUGCUUCCUCAGGCUGAGCUGCCCCUGCGGUUCCAGCCGCCCCAGGUGUUUUCCGGGCAGGUGCCAGGUGGGCCUUCAUGCUCCUUGGCCAUCUGCUGCCGGGGUGUGGCUGUCCCAUUAACAGAGCAGGCCGAAACCAGAGGCCUUGCUACACCCUCUGUUAGAGUUCCCUUUGCUGUUUUCCAACUUAAAUUAAACCCAGUGUCCACAAUCCCCAGGGCAGGUGUUGUUCAGGCCCUGGAAGCCAGCCUGACGGCUGCAGGAAGCCAGCACUGGGCAAACUCCACCAGGGUCGCCCACGUUCGCCUGAUGCAGGAGGAGAGGCAGACCCCGAUGACAGCAGGUGCAACCCCUUCUCCUGUCUGAUGGCACGGCAGGGAGACAGCCUGCAGGGAGCAGUGAGCCCAUGUUCCCCACGAACUCCAGAGGCUGCUGCUUGCUAACAGGGCCGCAUCCUCCCCAGCGGGCUCCUUGAAUUGCAGGGGGAGCACACGGUGCAGGCUUCCUCCCACCAAGCUGGCCAUGCAGCCUGCCGUCCAGCCAUGGGACAGUGACAGCUCAGACACCCCCCACUGUCCUUCUGCCUAUACAUUUCCUGCAAUAAACCUGAUUUUAUAUCUUA